UUCGAGUUCUUUGGACCCUUUCGUGACGCACGAGUUCUGGGAGCUGUUUCCCUGACGGCCUCGAUGGCAGCGAGGUUGUCUUUGCUUUUACCCCUCUGGCGUGCGGCGCCGCCGGGGUCGCCCUCAAAGCCCAGCGGAGGUGUUUGCCGAACACAGCUUCUUGACUCCGAGCUGAGUUUAUUAGCGUUGAAGUAAAAACAGUAUUCACUAGGCUUGCCGCCGUAUUUUUUUUAAGGAGCAGAUUAUUCACGUUUCCAAAUGUCCCGGGGAGAAACGAAGUAAACACUAAACAUUCCUAAAUAUGGACCUAUGUAAAGGGUAGAUCUUAAACACACAGGUGCUUAUGGACGUGGUUCUGUAACUAAAGACCUGCCUGGCCCCACUGAAGGAACCGAAGCCUGAUAUGCAGAGCCCUGUCCGGCCGUGCGCCCCCCUGGCCCUGAACGUGCUCUCGAAACCGGAAGUUCCUCAGGAAGCGGACCGGUCUUGCGCAGUGCAGAGCAUUUGUCUUUUAAAGGCUGACUUUACAGAAUUAAAUUAGUUCCUAGUUGGUGGAUUUUUUGUACACAAAUAGUUUGCUCUAGUGUCAGUGGCCAGUGUGGAAUCUUGUUUUAGUUGUAAUGGAAAUUACAACUAAAGCACGAAUUAGCAGGAAAAGGCUUUAAAGAGAAAGUGCAGGACCAAGAGUGUGGCAUUUGGUCUUUCUGGUCUCUGUCAUAUACGUUACCUGUGUCCUGCGCAAGGAUUCUGAAGCUAAAAGCUUUUAAGACUCAGCCUCACUCUGCUGUUGGAUUCAAGGGCAACACAUCUUUGAAUGAAUUUACAGGGACAAGCUGCUUCCUGAAGGAUUGGAGUUUGUUGUUCAAGACGCAAUCAGAAAAGCUCUCCGAGAAUGGCUCUUGUCUUCGUGUAUGGCACCCUGAAGCGAGGCCAGCCCAACCACAAGGUCCUGCUGGACGGUGCACAUGGCUCCGCAGCCUUCCGCGGCCGGGGCCACACAGCUGAGCCCUUCCCGCUGGUGAUCGCCGGUGAGCACAACAUCCCCUGGCUGCUCCACCUCCCCGGCCGGGGCCGCUGCGUGGCGGGCGAGAUCUACGCGGUGGAUGAGCAGAUGCUGCGCUUCCUCGACGACUUUGAAGGCUGUCCUGACAUGUACCAGCGCACUGCUGUGCAGGUGGCGGUGCUCGAGUGGGAGGGCGAGGGUGGCCCCGGGGACAGCGUGCAGUGCUUCGUGUACAGCACGGCCACCUACGCACCCGAGUGGGCCCGCCUCCCCUACCAUGACAGCUACGACUCGGAGGGGCCGCAUGGGCUGCGCUACAACCCCCGGGAAAGCAGGUAGGAAGGGCUGGUGGCACAGCAAGGCCAGAGGGGACCUGCAGUUGCCUUGUCACCUUGGCUCGGUGUGGAUUCCAGCACAAAAGCGGACCAGCACUUCAGUUGUAAAACUCCAGAAAGCUAAACUCUUUCAGUGGCACUGAACUGACACUGUAAUAAGGUCGGGCCCUCAGGUCGCUCUCUCGGACCCUGUAGUGAGGCUUGCUGCUUAGAGGGCAUCUGUGGGCUUGGGCAUAUUAGUUUAAAAAAACUUCAAAUGCUAAUUCCCCUAAAUGGCAUUUAAAGGACUCACAUGGUACACUUCUCUCUUCUUUUUGCUUUGGUUUACUUGGAAGAUCGCAUACUCAGUGACUAAAGACUGUGCCGCACUUGGUUUGCAGAUGACUAUACUGAUUCUGUCCUGCAGCACCUAGAGAAAGAAGUUUUAAUAAAAGCUGAUUUUUGAAUGGCUCGAUAUAAUUAAGCCUCAAGAAAAA